GUGAAGCGCCUGUGGAAUAAGACACUUAAGUGAUUCAACAAACUGACGCUUCCUGCUUUAUGGACAUUUAUUGCAUUAUAUUUUUGCCGCGACAAUAGAAAUAGAGCUUUUUAUAAGUCUUUGUUUUCGCCCUGUUUGUCGCCGAGCAUUUUCCAGACGCUUUUCCUCACACUCUGUGCACCAGCUGAGUCGGGUGUAUAUACACCUCCUGGACUUUUUUCGCUUCGACAACUAACUGGGGAGAAAAGUGACCAUGGCAGAAACGUCGGCGGCUCCAGCCAAAGCCAAAAAGGCAGCCAAGCCCAAGAAACCUGCUUCACAUCCCAAAUACUCGGAGAUGAUUAAAGCGGCGAUUGUUCACGACGCAAGUCGGAGCGGAGCGUCCCGUCAGUCCAUUCAGAAGUACGUGAGGAAGAACUACAAGGUGGGCGACAACGUUGAUGUACAGAUUAAACUCGCCCUGAAAAGGCUAGUGGCAAGUGGGAUGCUACGCCACACUAAAGGCAUCGGUGCGUCCGGAUCCUUCAGGCUGGCCAAACCAGAGGACACCAAGAAACCGGCCAAGGCAGCGGCGGCAGCCAAACCAAAGAAGGCAGCAAAGCCCUCCAAACCCAAGAAGGUAGCCAAGCCCAAGAAGGUGUCCAAAACGCCCGAAAAACCCAAGAAGGCGGCUGCCAAGAAAGUGAAAAAGGUCGCAAAGAAGGCAACACCAGCGAAAGCCAAAAAGGCACCAGCAAAGAAAGCCAAGGCGGCCAAGCCAAAGCCAAAACCAGCAAAGAAGGCAGCUAAGCCCAAGGCAAAGGCACCCAAAAAGGCAGCGAAAUCAGCAAAAAAGAAGUGAAAAGACAAUACCAGAAAGUCACUGUAAAUACUUCAGGAAACGUUUUCGUAUAUGUAUUAUUUUUGUAAGGUCUCAUGCAAACUUAAGCUAUAUUUACUAAGUUUUUUUCUCCAUUGCACUAUUGACUCUAGAUGCUGUAGAAUUAAUUGUGAGCGUUGUAUUUGGCGUUAACAAUGCUGUUCAUUUCUUUCUGAUCUUUUGAAAUGACUAUUCUGACAAGAAAAACUGUAAAUACAGUCGAGCUCAUAGUUCUCGUUAGUGCACUGGGUCAUGCUGAAACAGAAAGUGUGUCAAUGGUGAGCAUUAUGGAGCCUUGUACAAUGUACAACCAGUGGGCAAUGCAAUGGACGUUAAGUCCUGGGGGCUCUAUGAUUGUCAUUCAAGCUCCAAUCUGUAUAAUUCCUCAUAUUCAGUUAACUCAUAAAAUUUAACAUCGUACUGUGUUAUUCACUUUACAAGACUGUUUAUAUCGAUAUCCAAUAAAACUUGCUCAUCUUCUACAAUCA